GCAUGUGUUAAAGCAUCCACCAUUUUCCACUAGUGUUUUCUGGGUGUUACAAGUUUUCUUUGAAUGGGCAUUGUGGCCUACUAUGCAGGUGUGUUGCCCAAUUGGCAAUUGAGAUUGCCCAGUUUCAGAAUUGCUAGCUUGUCCGAGCCGGCUGGGUUGCGAUGGCAAGUGUUGGAACAAGUUGACAAGGAGCUGAGUAAAGGGGAUGAGAGAAUUGCACUUUCUCUUGUCAAAGAUAUGCAGGGCAAGCCCGGUGGACUUCGCUGUUUCGGUGCUGCUAGGCAGGUACCUCAGAGGCUCUACACUUUGGAUGAACUAAAACUGAAUGGAAUAGAGACUUCCGCUCUUCUGUCACCAGUAGACACUACUCUUGGUUCUAUAGAAAGAAACCUGCAGCUUGCUGCUCUUUUAGGAGGAAUUUCUGCCUGGAAUGUGUUUGAAUUUAGUCCACAACAAAUCCUAUACUUAUCUUUGGGAUUGCUGUUUUUAUGGACGCUGGACCUGGUCUCUUUUAAUGGAGGAGUCAGCGGCUUGCUUCUUGAUACAAUUGGACACACAUUUAGUCAAAAGUACCACAAUAGGGUUAUCCAACAUGAAGCUGGCCAUUUCUUAACUGCCUAUGUGCUGGGAAUUCUUCCCAGGGGGUAUACACUCUCAAGUUUGGAAGCUUUGAAGAAGGAAGGAUCUCUCAAUGUUCAAGCCGGGACUGCUUUUGUGGAUUUUGAAUUUCUUGAAGAAGCUUGCACCUUCAGUUUUGUGAAGAACAAAUUGCUGAAAGGCAACUUUCAUGAGUUUGUAGACUUGAUUUGUACUUCAACAUGUUGCAACCAACAUUAUGCUAUAUAUUUCCACAUUUGGGCAUCUAUGAGGCUAAUACAGGAAAAGUAUCAGCCACGGUUUUCAUGCAUAGCACUGGCAGGUGUGGCUACGGAAUAUCUUCUGUAUGGAUAUGCUGAGGGAGGCCUUGCGGAUAUUAACCAGUUGGAUGGAUUACUGAAAGGCUUGGGUUUCACUCAGAAGAAAGCAGAUUCUCAAGUGAGAUGGGCUGUACUUAACACUGUCCUAAUAUUGCGUCGUCAUGAUGGAGCACGAGCAAGACUAGCAGAGGCCAUGUCUGAUAGAAGAUCUGUGGGCUUUUGUAUUGAUGUUAUAGAGAAUGCCAUAGACGAUGCAGACAUGUAGAUUCAAUUACUACUGAUCUCUGUUGUUCAAUCUUUUUACUAACCUUUUUUUUAAAAAAAUGAUGAUGGCUGUUAUUAAUGAAAAUCAAUCAAAUUAGGGA